AUGUCACCAUCACCGACCAUCCAUGGCACCGGAUUCAAAGUGAAUUUGAGUCCGCACGUGUAUGACCGGUUUGAUUCCCCGAGCGUGGAAGAGGUCGUGGCUACAUUGCGAAAGCCCUCCUGCGGUGGCGGUUCCGUGACCAUUCCCCACAAGGAGUCCAUAAAGGCGUACAUGGACGAGUUGACAGAUGCUGCCAGCACCAUCGGUGCCAUAAACACAGUGACCAAGUGUGGCAGUCGGUUCAAAGGGGAUAAUACGGACUGGCUUGGCAUCAAGAACCAGUUGGAAAGACGACUUCGAGGUCGAAGAGUUGAUGACUUGACGUGCCUGCUCUGCGGAGCUGGAGGCACAGCGAGAGCAGCUGCCUAUGCCAUGAAGCAGAUGGGUGCAAGGCGAGUGCUGAUCUUCAACAGAACUGCCAGCCGCGCAGAAGAACUUGCUUUGGAGUUUGGCUUCGAGGCCUGCGUGGAUCUCACAAGCCUACAGCGCCUUGAUAAACUGCACGUUGUCGUGAACACCUUGCCAGGGAGCACAGAGUUCACUUUGCCCGAUACUUCAGUGUUGACGAGGUGCAAACCGGUCGUCUUGGAAGCCGCCUACAUCCCUCGACGGACGGCCUUCCUCCGCCAAGCGCUUGAAGCAGGCUGCGAGGUGGUCGAAGGUAUUGAGAUGCUUUUCGAACAAGGCUGUGCGCAAUGUGAGAUUUGGACGCAAAAGCCAGCUCCACGUUCGCAGAUUGCCCAGGCCCUGCUGGAGGCACUCUUCAAAGCCGGCUCGGGACAUCCUGCGUAUGCGAAGAUGGAGCCCUACAACGAGCUGCCUACCUCAUUGGUAGCUGAGGCUGCAAAAGCAAGAUCAAACGCACUCAUUCUCAUGAGCAUAGCUUCUAUUGCAGUGCUGACGACUGCGGUCCUCUUCAUGCGCAGGAAGCAGGUCAGCAAACGAUGCUGA